UGAUCAGCAGCUGUCUCAACAAUCAGGAUGUGCAAAAAAAAAAAGGCACUGCCACUUUUUGAAACUUGGACGGCCGUAAGGUCACAGGAAAGUCAACAGUGAGCAAGAUGAGAAGUGACAGUCACCAGGAGAGGGGAAGAUAAUUCUGGCACCACAUGGACAACCAACAUCCCCCCUUUCUAAACAUGAAAACAGAGAGAAUAUUUCUACACCGUGCAUUAGGAAAAAGUGUCCUUCUGCCUUGUUUCAUCUCAUUUUCUGGAGGUGGUGGUGGUAGGGGGGGGAAUUCCAGCAUGGAGAGCAGGGAAGGUGAAGGGUUAAUUUGUGGCCGGGGAAACCUGAUGCUAAUUAAGUCUUAGGAAUGCCACAUAACUGACAUUGUAGUGCAGAAGCCCUCAGAGUGGGUCAGGCAUGGAGAGAGCCAGCAGUAAUGCGUGUGUCUAAUGUUUUUAUUCCUUACUGACAGUCAGGAGGAGACAGUCUCACCAAACAUCCUGGAGCUGAAGGCAGAGAGAGAGAGAGAGGACACAAAAUGGUUUUAGUAUCACCCGCGCUGUUGCUGCUGCUGCUGUCUUGGUUGUCACUCCAAGCUGUCGCAGAGAUUUGCCGUGGGACGCACUGCUACGGCGCGGAGACCGGUGAUCCAAGACCGUGCACCGGUGCGCACUGUCCGGGGAGCAGAUCCUCCAGACCGCCGCGGCAGUUUAACCCGGCAACGCAGGGGAGAUCGGCGCACAUAGCACACAGCCAUGCCAGCCAGCACCAUGCGUACCCGGGCUCUCCAAGAGAAGCCUAUCCGGCUGUACAGCCGCUCCGCGGGCGGCACGGUGACAGCAGCAGCGGCGGCGGCGGCGGCAGCUCACGGAUAAGAGCGCCUGAAAUUUCACCUGCAGGGUGCACGGAUGUGGACUGCGCCGCGCCUCUUGUGAAACAAUUUCAGCCCUCCAAUGACACCCGAGACUGUAGAGGGAUCGAGUGCAGACUGCCGCUGAGGAUACGGCCAAAACCUCGAGCGAAGUCUUGUGUGGGUGAGGGAUGUCUGGUCGGAUCAGAGGAGAGCGAGCUUCCUCCCGUGCAUCUGUCCGACAGAGCCGCGCAGUUUCUGGGGGAUUUUCCGGAGCUUGGAUAUCCGUCGCCGGAACUUGGCGGCGCGCCUUUGGGUGUCCAACUCACAUGUGACAUCAAGCCAGGGGAGAAUGAAGUUCCCUCAGAAGACGCCCUCAUCUUACACCUCCAGCUGGCCAAGGGGCAGGAGAAGCUGGUGGAGGCCCUGCGAGCCCAGCAGGUGAUCAUCCGCGACCUGCAGCAGAAGCUCGUGGACCAACAGGAUACGCUACUGUCCCAGCAGAGGGAGAUCCUGGAGCAGCAGCAGCGCAUGUACGAGCAGAUGGACGUGGUGAAGGCUCAGUACGGUCUCCUCUCUGACACCGUCAAGCAGGUUUCCUUCCAGGGCCUGCAGGGCGAGCUGCAGAGCUACUUCCAGAAUCACCUGGCGGGUCUGCAGAGCCAAGCUCGCAGCCACCUGCAGAAGUCCUACGCCGUCCACAAGAUGGACAUGGACACGAAGGUGAUGGACGUAGUCGGGGAGGCUCAUUUUCCUCAACCUCUGCUCGGAUGCCCUUCGCCCUGUGGGCAGGAGGAGUACUGUGAUUUUCAGAGGGACCCGCCUCAGUGUGAGAAAUGCACCAUGUGUCCACCGGGGUUCUUUCUGAUCUCACAAUGUUCUCCUACUGCAGACAGGAUGUGCCAGGACAGAGAUGAAUGCCUUGAAUUACCAAACAUUUGUGGAGAGAGAGUAAAGUGCCUUAACACUCCUGGGGGGUUCAGGUGUCUGGGAAUCUCUGCAAGAGAAGCAGUGAUGGGCUUGUGUGGUCAUGGCUACUUCUACAACCAGGAGCUGCAGGAGUGCCAGGCCUGUUCGGACUGCGAUGGAGAACCUGUCGGCAGUCCCUGCACGGCUAUCAGUGACGCCGUCUGCGGCCUGCCUUCAGAGAGCCGACUCUCCCAGUCUUGGAGGGCCAAUGUGGUACUCCCUUCUGUACGGACCUCCAGCACCCACAUCUUCCCUGGGCUUCAACUAAACAUCCGAGGCAAAGAGGUCACUGAUCUGUUGUCCAAUGAGGCGGGACAUGUGACGUUCCUCCAGCACGGCCUGGUGUGGUUGGAUCAUAACUUUGCGAUAAAGCACAGCUGCAGGAACUUCCUUCAGUUGGGAAUGAGGCUUAAUGGGAGCCAAGAGGAGGAUGGUCAGGACCUCAGUGGUGUUCGCAUUGAACAGCCGGAUGGGAAGUACUUCCAGGGUGUGAGCGUCAGCAGUGGAGUCGAGGUGGAGCCCAACCACACCUUUACUCUGCUGCUGAAGAGUCCGAAUCAACACUGCAACCAGAGCAAGGAUCUUCACGUCUAUGAUGUAACCACUCCGUCUUUAAGCGUGCUCUGGUUGUCGCAUGAUACCGGUGCCGUAGCGAUGACGGCUCAGAUGUCCCUGUUGGCGCACUACCAGACCAGCUACCGUCCAACUUUCCGCAUAACCUCAGUGUCCGACCCGUAUAUGAUCAUCCUAACUCAUGACAAUCGCGGCGUGCGCUUCACGGAAAGCGGUGUUGUGAAGUUUGUCCUCCAACAGGCGCUUUACUCUAUGGGCCACACCUGCAUUCGAGAGGGUUUCUCCCUGAUUGCCUACACGAACCGAAACGGGACUGGCCAGGAGGCGAUGCAAGCCUUCAAGACUGGCGUCAACUACAGGGACACCUCCAUCACCCUCUCCGGUGCCGUGAGCGUGGAGAGCGGGGACACGCUUAGCUUUGAGAUCACGUCUCCAUCCCAGUGUAACAUCCGUUACUUUGGGGACAGCACUGGGAUCAGCAUGCUGAGUCUUAUCUGGAUUCCUUCGGCGGUGUCUUCAGCCCUGGCGGCUACCGUGUCCAGGACUGGCCUGCCCUCGGGAGCAGUCAGGAAUAAACCGCUGUUGUUCCAGCAGAUAAGCCCGGACACGCCGCAAGUUCAUUUGGCCCGCUCAGGGGAGCCGAACAGCCGUAAGAACUUUAUAUUCCACGAGAAAGGGACUGUGAACAUAGCCCUUAACCUGAAGCUGAUACACUCUUGCAAUAUUGUAAAACUCACUUUGCAGCAGGCGGGGGGUCAGGGAGGGCAGGCAGGUCCUGUGGCUCAGCAGGUGUCUGGUUUUAUGCCUGAAGGAAGCCAGUGGGCCAGCAUCGGGCUCAGGGCUUCAUUUCAGGUACAGAACGGUACAGCUGUGUAUGUUACUCUGGACUGUAUCCGUGGACGAGUUAACCAGAUAACACACGAGGGCGGCACUAACAUUUCAAUCCUCUGGGUUGCAGUGUGAGCCCGUGGGACGAUUUAUUAACACACUUUGUGAAAAAAAAAAAAAAGACAGUUUUGCACGAUAUUGAAUUGCAGAGCAGAUUCAACAAUUUACCAAAUCAAGGAAAUAUACUGUUGAUGAAAAACUUUUAUUCCCAUAUUUUGUCGUAUUAUUGUUUUAAAUGCAUCAGCUGUUUAGACUUUUUAUUGAAUGAUUUACAUAGUGUAAGUACUGCCUUUGCUUGAAGUACUUCGGCUGGUUGAGCAGUGACCAAUUCUACAUGGAGUGUGUUUGUGUGUGUGUGUGUGUGUGUGUGUGUGUGAGUGUGUACAGUACGUAUGAGUGUGUGCACAUACAUGUGCAGCGGUGCUCAUAUACAGUGUGUGUGUAUGUGUGUGUACGCACACAUUGGCAUGCCUACUUUUGCAGUAGUUUGAUAAGUAUAUCCUUCUGUUCCUGCACAUAUUUAACUUACAGUACGUAUGUAACAAACUUUUUUGGUAUUAUAUCGUUAGGCAUUUAAAAACGUGGUUUGACAUUUUGGGAGUUGCACUUGUUUGCUUUCUGGAGAGGAAACAAGGGGAAAAAACCUGCCUGGCUCUGUCCAAAGGUAACAAAAUCCACCUACCAGCACCUUUAAAGCUCAAUAAUCAACACGUUAUAUCUAGUUUGUACAAGAGCUGCAGUGUAAGUACAUACUUCUAUGUAGUACACUGUGUACAUUGCGUACUGCACUGAUUUUGACAGUGUUGUCUCAAUUCAAGUACAGCCGUUGUGCACUUACCGGAAAUGGUCGCGUCCACGGAAUUGCAUCCCAACGGAGCAUUGGCUCCAACAUUUUACUGCCAAAAUAUAAAAAAUAAAACAUAAGUACAACUUGUAUAUUGUGAUAUUCACCACAACCGCUUCAGCAGCUUCCUCGGCCGCCAUUUCCACAACGUCUUCUUCUGCUACGUAACCAUCCGAGUACUCACAGUACACUGCGUUUUGACGUAAUUGACUUAUGAACUGAAAUUAGAAAAUAUAAGUAUGUAAGUACAUGAACUAAGACACAGCACAGCAAAGAUAUAACCUCAUCUAAAGUGGUGAAUUGACGUUCCCCAUUUCCAGUCUUUAUAUUAUGCUAAUUUAACUCUUGGUAGCAAAUAUGAGAGCACCAAAAUGGAAACAAUUUAACUACUUAGCAUAUUUACAUAUUUAUAAGCACAUAAACCAAGAAAAAAAGACCAAAUCUGAGCAGGUUGGCAAAGUCAGUUGCAUGCAGGACAGACUAAAACUGUUGCGAACACGACACGACACUUUCCCAUUGGAGUUCCUCCGUUACCCUACGCCAUGAAGCAAACACAUGCACUUUCCAAAGUGUCACCUCCUUUAAUGCUCUGAAGAGUUUGUCAUGAAAGAGCUAUACACAAAUGUUAAUGUAGUAAACUUUCAAUAAGCAGGAGUUUUUUGGUAUCGGAUGAUGUUUUUUUUUUAAUGAUAUUUAUUUGUCUUUUAUAAAAACAGGACAUUUUGCAUUUACACUAUAAAAUGCAUAAAUUUGUCAGACAUGAGAAAAAUAUAAAAAAAUAUGUCAAGUAUACGGUAAAUCACUGAGUAGUGCAGUGACUCCAUCGUACUUUUAUUUGCACGCGUAUAGUUUAACAUAGUUUUACGGAACGUGCAAACAUCAUACUUUCUUAUUCUUUCGGCUUAAUGUUGUUUCCCUGUGAAGACUUCCCCAUGCGUAUCAUUCCUAAUUGCCUCUGUGUGUGUUCUGUCCUCUAAACAAUUAGGCACAAUUAAGUGUUUCAGGGAGUUGGCAGCGAAGCCGCCGCUGAAAUUCUUCAGCUUUAUUCUCACUUCAUCGUGGUUAGUGAUUUCUAUAUGUUUUAUUUUUUUUUCUUCCUGUGGUUGAGCUCCCUGCACGUGUCUUGUGGAACGUCAAUGCAUGCAUAUUUGUUCAACACCAAAUAAAAUGUACGUAUAUUUUGCCAGAAA